CGAUCCAUCCGUGGAUAAUAGUGUCAUCACGGCCUAAUUUGAUCAUGCGUCUCGUUUCUCAGUCCAUCGCCAGCAGGUCCACAGCACGCCUUAAUACGUUCAAAUCUUCGGGACGGACCCUAACGGCUUUUUGAUCUCCUCGCAAACACCACUUCGUCACUCCCUACAAAUCUUGUGCGACCUGCAAAGCCUGCGCUCUGCAGAGAGUUAUGAGCCCCGACCGUCGCGACACCCUCCGUCUCCCGGGCCUCCCACGAACGCAGGCCUUGACUUCAACGACCUUCACGUCCCCACCGCUCGACGGUUCACUGACUGUGCCUGAGUUAUAUGACUGGCAUUACGCAAACUCGCCUCGCCAUCCUUUGUUUGUUUAUUCCGACCAUGACGGGGCCACUACGACCAUCUACUGGCCCGACGCCUGCAUGGCCGUCCACAGAGCUGGUCGCAUUGCUAUCUCGAUAGCUCAGGAGCAUCCACCAAGAUCAAACAAGGGGCGGCCUAUAUUUGCCAUUCUAGCAGGCAAUGAAUCUGUUACUUAUUACACUCUAAUGACUGGCAUAUGUCGCGCAGGCUUCGUCGCGUUCCCCAUAUCGCCACGUAAUUCGCCCGAAGCCAUCGCACAUCUGCUAGCGGAGACCGGCGUCUCUCACAUUUUCAUCUCCGCGGAAGAUGCGCUACAGAGACUCUGGGACGCCUCUACGGACGUCCUUGCGCGCACGGGCGGCGCUCCUCCGCUGAGGCACGAUGUACCCGCGUUCCAGGAGCUGUACCCUGCCGAGCCAGAUGUUCACUUCAAGCUACUGCCCGCGCCAGACGUGCGCUGGGACGAUGUCACGAUCAUCCUCCACUCCUCAGGGUCAACCGCGUUUCCGAAGCCAAUACCCUGGACGCACGAGCGGUACCUGCUGGGCUGCCUCGCCCCUUGGUUCGGCGAGCGCGACCUGACGGGGCAGCGUCUCGCGUUCCACUCGACCCCGAUGUUCCACGGACUGGGCACGAUGCAGAUCGGCUGGACGGCGUUCAGCGGCCUGGUGCUGACCGUGUUCAAGCCACAGGUGCCGCCCGUAGUGCCCACGCCGGAGAGCGUGAUGCGCGGCGCGAUCGCGACCAAGAGCGACUUCAUUUAUUGCGUGCCGAGCUUCAUCGAGGAGUGGGCAACAAACCCGGCCCAUGUCCGGCAUCUGCAGAGCGUUCAGGGAAUUAUUUAUGGUGGCGGUCCGCUUUCGCAGAGCGUGGGUGACGAGCUCGUGGGCCAGGGUGUUUCGAUUUUCCCAAUGUACGGAAUCUCGGAGACCGGUAUUAACAACAUCUCUCUGCCUAAGUCUGCCGAGAAAGACUGGCAGUAUUUCGCCAUUGCACGCAACAUAAAGGCUCACUUUGAGCCAGACGGUGACGGACACUACGAGUUCAUUGCUGUGUCUUCGACAUUUCAGAAACCUUGUGUUGAGAAUACAGAGGUCGACGGCGUACCUGCCUACGCCACAAGCGACCUGCUUAUUCCUCAUCCUACAAAACCUGGUUUCUGGAGGAUAUAUGGCCGGAAAGACGAUCAAAUCAUGCACAGUACUGGCGAGAAGGCUAGUAUCGUUACAAAUCCGGGCCCUCUCGAAAAAAUCCUCUGCACGGACCCACGUGUGCAAGCAGCCGUCAUGUUCGGUCGAGGUAAAUUCAACGCUGGUGUGCUGAUAGACCCACGGCCGCCGCACAAGUUCGACCCCGCUGAUCAGGACAAGCUAGCUGACUUCCGCAAUUUAAUAUGGUCUACCGUAGAAGCAGCAAACCAUAUCGCGCCGCAGCAUUCGCGGAUAUUCAAGGAGAUGAUUGUCGUUUCGUCGCCUGGCAAGCCGUUUACAUACACGGCAAAGAACACUGCGCGUCGCCAGGCCAUCCUCAAGGACUAUGAGCCGGAAGUUGAGGCCCUGUACCAAGCUAUUGAGGAGACUACUCAGGCGGAGUUGCCGCCGCCGGAGUCGUGGGACUUGGACAGCACGAUUGAGUUUGUGCGGACAGUAGUGAACAGGGUUUUGAACGUGCCCGUCGGCGAUGCAGACGACAUCUUCCGGAAAGGAUGUGACAGCUUGCAAGCAACCUGGAUCCGCAACUCGCUACUGCAUGCGCUUCGCGCGUCCACGAACGUUAGCACUAGACAUAUCUCCAACAAUUUGGUGUACGAGAAUCCGACAGUGUCCGCUUUGGCUUCCGUCAUGCUGCAGCUGGCACACUCCAACUCUGCGCUUUCAGAGUCCACGAAUAACACGAGCAGCAAGGUCGCGGAGAUGCUGAGCCUCGUCGAGAAGUACUCGUCCGCUCUCCCAGUGCAUAUACCGGACAAAAAUCCCAUGAAGGCGCGCGUGGGCGAUGUUGUGCUGCUCACUGGUACAACCGGCUUUUUUGGAGCUGCGUUGCUCAUGCAACUCGUGGUGUCGCCGGAUGUAGAGUUGGUCUAUGCGGUCAACCGCAAAGGCGGCGAACCUAUAGCUGAGCGUCAAAAGGCUACUUAUAAAGAGAGCGACUUAGACGUCGCCAUUCUCAACUCGCCCAAGAUUGUGCUCUUGGAGUGCGACAUGCAUGAAGAUCGACUUGGUCUUUCUGACGAUACUUAUGAAGAGAUCCGUACCUCAGUCACACAUAUAAUCCAUAAUGCAUGGACGGUCAAUUUCAAUUUGGCCUUGUCAUUCUUUGAACCUAACAUCAAAACGUUGCGCAACCUUAUGGAUCUUGCCCUUUCAUCACCGAUGGAGGCGCCACCGAAACUAAUUUUUGAGAGUACUGUCGGUGUCCUUGCCCAUCGCUCUGCCGAUAUCCGAGAGACAGCCAUCGAGCCGCAGCCUGUCGUGGGCGCGGGCUACCCAGAGUCGAAGUGGGUCGCAGAAAGGUUGUGCGCCAUUGCUGCGGAGCACACGGCCCUGCGACCGGUCUGUAUCCGCGUGGGCCAGCUCUGCGGAUUGGCGACAGGCGCAUGGAACCCGUCUGAAUGGCUCCCUUCGCUUAUUCGGUCGAGUGUCUUUCUUAAGUGCUUGCCCGCAUUGGACAUUGAGAUCUCGAUGCUCCCCACUGACGACGCCGCCCGCGCGCUGCUCGAGAUGCGUAACGCCGAGGUGCCGUUCCUGCACCUCGUCCAUCCGCGGGCGGCAGCCUGGCACACGCUUAUGGCACCCGUCGCCGAGUCAUACGGCCUCCAGUCCGUACCCUUUACGCAGUGGGUCGCGCUCCUCGAGCAGAGCAGGCGCGCGUUCGACACGAACAGCGCGGUCGAGGAGCUGAUGCGCCGGAACCCCGCGCUCAAGCUCCUACAAUUCUUCACGCGGAUGCAGGAAACGGACUACACUGUGCGUGCAGUGGGAGUGCGUGGACUCGACACCGCGCGGGCACAGCGCGCGUCGCCGACGCUCCGUGCUAUGACGCCCCUCACGGGCGACCACACGCGCCGCUGGCUCGCGUACUGGCGGCGCCACGGAUACUUGUGAUCCCCUUUUUUUGCUCUGCUUCUAGCUACUAUCUCCGCCCAUUCAUUUUCGCUAUGCUCACAGCGCUCGUAUUACCGCCUGCUGUUCCUUGAUAUGUACGCACCUCGAUGUACAAACUACGAUACCCACUCAAUCACAGCUCGGCUAUUCCCCGAU